UCCGGUACAGUCGCGCGCUCGCCAUAGAAAACAAAGCUAUCCGUGCGCUUCCAUUACAGCUAUUGGGGCAAACCCAGCACACGGCUCCCUCUCUCUCUCUCUAUGCAUGCACACCCAAGAUGGGUUUGCAGCUCAUCUGAGGGCCUUUGAAAGCGGGGCCUGUUGUGAGGACAGACAGCCAACUGAAGUCAGCGAAACGUUUCAGGUUUUUUUCCCCCUGGACUGCUUUUGUUGCUUAGCCUCGGCUAACAGCACGGCCACAAUCAUUGCCAUUUCUGCUGCGAGCUGCCGAAGGAAACACAUCGCCAUGUUGUUAGCGAAGGGGGCUCAGUGAAGAAGGCGAAAACCGUAAGCGUGUGGAGGAGAUAAUCUCGUCUUUCGAGCCGAACCUCAGUCCUCAGCCGCUGCCUGACUGACUGACAUGGCGGAGCAGAGCUACUCCUGGGCGUACUCCCUUGUGGAUUCAAGCCAGGUGUCAACCUUCCUCAUCUCCAUCCUCCUCAUCGUGUAUGGCAGCUUCAGGUCAUUAAACAUGGACUGUGAGAACCAGGAGAAGGACAAGGAUGGAAACCCCACCAACCCUGGCUCCUUCAACAAUGCCAACACUAACAACAGUAUUCAGACCAUAGACUCCACACAGGCACUGUUCCUGCCCAUCGGAGCCUCAGUGUCUCUGCUUGUCAUGUUUUUCUUCUUCGACUCUGUUCAAGUGGUGUUCACCAUAUGCACUGCAGUUUUAGCCACCAUUGCUUUUGCAUUCCUCCUGCUGCCGAUGUGCCAGUAUCUGACCAGACCUUGCUCCCCACAGAACAAGAUCUCGUUCGGCUGCUGUGGCCGAUUCACAUUGGCGGAGCUGCUGUCUUUUUCUCUCUCUGUCUUGCUGGUUCUCAUCUGGGUGCUGACAGGCCACUGGCUGCUCAUGGACGCACUUGCCAUGGGUCUAUGUGUGGCCAUGAUCGCAUUCGUGCGGCUGCCUAGUCUCAAGGUGUCAUGCCUGCUGCUGUCAGGCCUCCUCAUCUAUGAUGUAUUCUGGGUCUUUUUUUCCGCCUAUAUCUUCAACAGCAAUGUGAUGGUGAAGGUGGCCACGCAACCUGCAGACAACCCCCUCGACGUGCUCUCGCGCAAACUGCAUCUGGGCCCUGGCAUGGGACGGGAUGUCCCGCGCCUCUCCCUGCCCGGGAAGCUGGUGUUCCCAAGCUCCACCGGGAGCCACUUCUCCAUGCUAGGCAUCGGUGAUAUCGUAAUGCCGGGUCUGCUGCUCUGUUUCGUGCUUCGAUACGACAACUAUAAGAAGCAGGCUUCUGGAGAAGUGCCCGGGACUGCCAACGUGUCCGGCCGCAUGCAACGGGUCUCCUACUUCCACUGCACCCUCAUUGGUUACUUUGUUGGUCUGUUGACGGCGACGGUGGCUUCUCGCAUUCACCGCGCGGCCCAGCCUGCCCUCCUGUACCUGGUGCCCUUCACCCUGCUGCCUCUGCUCACCAUGGCCUACUUGAAGGGGGACCUGCGCCGCAUGUGGUCCGAGCCCUUCCACACCAAGGCCAGCAGCACACGCUUCCUGGAGGUAUGAUGCUGCCCUGACCAGCACAGAGAGAGAGAGAGAGGUCGGAAGAGAGGAACUGCACUCGUCUUCUCGUCAUCCCUCAUUCCUGUUGUCAUCCUCCAGCCAGCGGAUGAACAGACGUACGCGGACUUCACUGCCAGAUGGAUUCAUGCGCUCCACACGUCUCUAUCCUACUACAGUUUCUGUCUCUUUUUUUUUCUCUUUAACUCUUUUGUUUCUCGGCUCCAUUCCAUGUUUGUCACGCCAUCUCUCUCUUCUCUCUCUCUCUCUUUUUUUUUUUCUUUCUAUCCCAUCAUCCCUUUCCUGUUCUACUGAACUCCGCCACACUUUACCGGAUCAGUCUUUGUCUGGACGUGACCGGAGCCCCUUUGAGCUCCAAGUGUGUUUCCAUUUGUACCGUUUGGCACCAUUAUGGAUUUACAGACUGAGAUUUCUUUAAUAUUUACUUCUCUAAGCGAACUGUGGAUGAGGAACAUAGGUUCUGCCACAGCUUGGGAUGACGAUGACCCUGUAAGGGACCAGCACACAUUAGAGGACAGCGUUGUUUUCCCCCCUUCCUUCCUUCAUUCUCUCUUCCUCUUUCCCUUUCUGAUAAUACCCCACCCGCAUCCACCUUCCCGUCUCCCUCUCUAACCACCCCUUCCCUCGCAGAAACAUGUAUUUUAUUUAGAAAGAUUUUAUUCUUGGCAUAUACAGAAAUGAUGCAUUAUAAAUUGUGGAGGCGUACAGCUCUAUGUAUAUAUGUGUACACAUGUAUUAGGGGUUAUCAUGUCGAGGUGUGCGUGAGAUCGCGUGCGUGUGCGAACAAGGGCAAGGGCUUUUAGAUCAUAAACGGAACGCGCAGAUGGGAAAUAUUUUUUGUUUCCUUUCUUUUCCCCCUAUAAAUGAGUCUGAGAGCUCAGCCUAGGUCACUUUUUUGUGUGUGAUGUACACAUCCUCUUUGAUGAAACAUCGCACAUGGACCACUUGUGCAAGUCGGCCAUUGAUGAGAAGGGAGUGCUUGUGUUUAUGUAUGAAUGUAUGCCAUUACCUCCAUGGGCUUUGGAUGGACCACUGAAGAUGAACUCUAUCACGCUCCUGGAGGGAAUCUUUAAGGAUUGUACUAGGCUCCGUUAUUUAAGUCCGAGUUUUUUUUUUGGUUUUUUUUUUCUCCACUAGAAUUUCAAGCAUUAAUUUUUGUUUUGUUUGAAGUCAUUUCUUCAACACAAUUCGCUCCGUAAUGAUGAAACUGGAAUUGAGGAGUGAGUUCUGUGGGAUUGAUUGAUUGAGUGUGUGUGUGUGUGUGUGUGUGUGUGUAAUGUUGUAGAAAAUAAUGCAUUUUGCUGGCUCAGUCUCUUGAGGUUUGAUUUUUUUUUUUUUUACCUGUUGUUACCUGUUUUUUAAUCUGUUAGUCGUCUGGCCUUGCAUGUCAGUUGUACAGCGUGUCGUUCUUCAAAGCUGCGUUUUCAGGGUAAGCGCGUUAGUGCGACACUCUGAAACUGAGACGCAGACACGGGGUCGUGGACAAACAGUCGCACAAGAUAAUGCAUAAAACGGAGAAGGGGCAACAAGUCCGGACCGCUCUUACCCCCGCUGCCGGCGUGGACCCUGCGCAAACUUUGGCAGUGUGUUGCCUGAAUAUUCAAUAUGAACAUUUGCCUGGUAUUGGGAGACAGUUAACCUGAGCAUCAUGGACGUUGUUUUACCCACAAACCUCCUCACUGUCCCUCUGCCACCCUUAUAGACAUUACAAGAAAAAAGAGAACAAUAUAAAUGACGAUCAUGGUGAUUGCAUUUAGACAAUAAAUGCAAAUGUAAAAAAAAUUUUAACUGUAAGAUUUGCUUUUGUUUUGUUUCUUUUGGUUUAUCACAUUGUUUGUAUUUUUCUCAACUUUCCCAUUUAAUGCUGUGGUUAUUCAUUUUUGUACUUCAAUCUUUUUUUUUUUUUUUCUCCAUCGUCCUCCCUGCCUGUGAAGGGCGCUAAGCUCUGUUUGUCUGACAACAUUAACAGCCAAAUGGAUUCUGUAUAAAAAUUUGAAUAAAUAAAUUAAAAGGUGUAGUGAAAUGUGGAUCCAAAUGAGCUGUACUGAAAGCAUUUCAGCUCUCAUAACCUUCUCCUCAAUCAGGAUUCUGCUGUAAAUAAACAUGACUCUAACUGUA